AUGGCGCUGCUACUGGGGCUGCUCUUGGUACUGCUGCUGGGACCAUGGACUGAGCUCGAGCUGCCUCGAGCUGGCGGGCGGGGGGAAGGCGGAGAGCUUGGGGCACGAACUGCUCUCCGGACCGCGGCUCUGCUAGCUGAAAAUCCCGAUGGAUCCCCAGUAUUUAUUGCCUUCAGGUCCUCUACCAAGAAAAGUGUGCAAUACGAUGAUGUACCAGAAUACAAAGACAGAUUGAGCCUCUCAGAAAACUACACUUUGUCUAUCAGUAACGCAAGGAUCAGUGAUGAAAAGAGAUUUGUGUGCAUGCUAGUAACUGAGGACAACGUGUUUGAGGCACCUACAGUAGUCAAGGUGUUCAAGCAGCCCUCUAAACCGGAAAUUGUAAGCAAAGCACCAUUUCUGGAAACGGAGCAGCUGAAACAGUUGGGUGACUGCGUUUCAAAAGACAGUUAUCCAUAUAGUAACAUUACAUGGUACAAGAAUGGAAGGUUGCUUCAACACCUUGAAGGAGUGGUGAACAUAAGUUUUACUAAGCAUAUGGACCCAGUAACUCAGCUCUAUACCAUGACUUCAUCUCUGGAGUACAAGGCAACCAAGGCUGAUAUACAAAUGCCAUUCACCUGCUCUGUGACAUAUUAUGGACCAUCUGGCCAGAACACACUUUAUUCUGAACAAGCAGUCUUUGAUAUUUACUAUCCUACUGAACAGGUGACAAUACAAGUGCUGCCACCAAAAAGUGCCAUCAAAGAAGGAGACAACAUUACUCUUAGAUGCUUGGGAAAUGGUAACCCACCUCCUGAGGAAUUUUUAUUUUACUUACCAGGCCAGACCGAAGGAAUAAGAAGUUCAAAUGCUUACACGCUGACAGAUGUGAGGCGCAAUGCAACAGGAGACUACAAAUGCUCCCUGGUAGACAAAAAAAGCAUGAAUGCUUCAACAGCCAUCACAGUCCACUAUUUGGAUUUGUCCUUAAAUCCAAGUGGGGAAGUAACUAAGCAGAUCGGUGAUGCCUUGCCUGUAUCCUGUACAAUAUCUGCUAGUAGGAAUGCAACUGUGGUGUGGAUGAAAGAUAACAUAAGACUUCGAUCUAGCCCAUCAUUUUCUAGUCUUCGAUAUCAGGAUGCUGGUAACUAUGUCUGUGAAACUGCUCUUCAAGAGGUUGAAGGACUAAAGAAAAGACAGUCAUUGACUCUCAUCGUAGAAGGAAAACCUCAAAUCAAAAUGACAAAGAAAACUGAUCCCAGUGGACUGUCAAAAACAAUAACCUGCCAUGUUGAAGGUUUUCCAAAGCCAGCUAUUCAGUGGACAAUUACUGGCAGUGGAAGCGUCAUAAACCAAACAGAGGAAUCUCCUUAUGUUAAUGGCAGGUAUUCUAGUAAAAUUAUCAUUUCCCCUGAAGAGAAUGUUACAUUAACUUGCACAGCAGAAAACCAGCUGGAGAAAACAGUAAACUCCUUGAAUGUCUCUGCUAUAAGUAUUCCAGAACACGAUGAGACAGACGAGAUAAGUGAUGAAAACAGAGAAAAGGUGAAUGACCAGGCCAAGCUAAUUGUGGGCAUCGUCGUUGGUCUCCUCCUCGCUGCCCUUGUUGCUGGUGUCGUCUAUUGGUUGUAUAUGAAGAAAUCAAAGAGUGCAUCAAAACAUGUAAACAAGGAUCUUGGUAAUCUGGAGGAAAACAAGAAGUUAGAAGAAAACAAUCACAAAGCAGAACCCUAAGAGAGAAAGUAUUAUAGUUGCCCAGAGAAAAAACCCAUAUAGAGCAAUGGAAGCAUGAACGUGGAUUGUAUUUAAGACACAUACAAAGACAUUGACAGCAAUUCAUGGUUCAAGUAUUAAGCAGUUUAUUCUACGAAGCUGUCACAGGAUAUUAGAGAAUUAUCUCAAGUAAAACAAUGAAGUGAAAUGAUUAACAAUAACAACAAAUUUUGGCAGCCAUGAUAAUAGGUCAUAUGUUGUGUUUGGUUUGUUUUUUUUGUUUUUGUUUUUUUUUCUUCGGUAAAUGUCUGCACUGAGGAUUUCUUUUUGGUUUGCCUUUUAUGUAAAUUUUUUACGUAGCUAUUUUUAUACACUGUAAGCUAUGUUCUGGGAGUUGCUGUUGAUCUGAUAUAUAAAGGAAUGUUUUUAUUUCAGUUGUUUGUAUGGAUAAUCUGAGCAGGUUCAUUUCUGAUUCUGAUUGCUAUCAGUAAUACCCCCAACUUUAUCACAAGCCCUUCAAACCCAAAGGUGGCAGCUUGUGAAGAUUGGGGACACACAUAUUGUGCUUGUCAAAAGUGUGAUUGUUUUUUAUCACAAAGUAAGUGGAGGCUGAGAGUCUGAUUAAAAAGCAGAUCAGUUUGUUCUGUGUAUGUGCCACCAGCUGACUCUCAGAAGCAGAAUCACACAUGCACAUGGACACCCAUACAUAAUAAUGGUACUCUCAAACUGACAAUGUGCCCAUUGUGAGACAGGAAAAAAAAAAAAUGGGGUGUCACUUAUCUUUAGAGACACCUGCUAGUAAAUUAUUUUUCAUCAAAAUAAUAAGCAAAUCAAUAUGUGAAAUACAAUUUGGAAAAAUCACGGAUAACAUUUCCACUUUCAUUAAUCACAAUGUAAAUCACCAUAAUUCAAAAUUGGUUUUAAAUCCUUUGGGUUAUCCACUGCCUUAAAAUUGUACCUAUUUCUUUAAAAAAAAGAUGUCAGUCAGAAUUGGAGAUUUUUAACAGUGGUCAUUAUCAAAGCUGUGUUAUUUUCCACAGAAUAUAGAAUAUAUAUUUUUUUCGUGUGUGUUUUUGUUAACUACGCUACAGAUAUUGAAUGCACCUUGAGAUAAUUUAGUGUUUUUAACUGGUACAUAAUUUAUCAAAAAGUACAUGAAAGUGUAAUAAUAAAAUGUCUAUGUAUCUUUAGUUACAUUCAGAUUUGUAACUUUAUAAACAUGUUUUAUGCUUGAGGAACUUUUUAGGGCAGUAAUAAAAAAUGGAAACUUUUUGAAGUAGACUGGAUAUGGGCCAAUAGUUACUUGUGAUUAGACUUUUAAACUUUGCUCUUUCAAGCAGAAGCUUGGUUUCUGGGAGAACAUUGCAAGCCAUUUUUUGUCCCAGGAUUUAUAUAAUUUUUUAGAAAAAAUGAACAUCAGAUUUCCACGUAUAAAACUGUAUUCUUUGUGGGGAGGAAGGAAAACUGGUGUUUGUUUUCAGACUUAUAGAAUAAAAACUAAGAAGGCAAUGAAAAUCAAUUGAAGAUUAAAGUCAGAAGGCAAUUAUGAAUAAAAUUUUGCCACUUCUGCAUUAUUUAGUAACACACAUUAUUGUACAUUUGUAAGCCGUUUACUGUCUAGGCAGUAGUAACUGAGUUUUAUAAAAGCUUCCUAUAGUACAUUGGUAUGGAUUAAAUAUAUAAAAUAUCCUAUUAGACUCAAUGCUGUAUAAAAUAUUAUGGGAAGAAAGAAAAUAUGUUAUUUUUUCCCUAAACUUUGAUUUAUCGAAGUUUCAUUUGGCAGGGAAAAAAAAUCGAAUCUUGGUCAACAUUUAAACCAAAGUAAAAGGGGAAUAACCAAAGUUAUUUGUUUUGCAUGGCAAAGCCAUUCUGUUAUCUCUGUAAAUACUGUGACUUCUCUCUCUUUUUUUUUCAUGUUUCUUUAGAAUUUUGUUAAAGAAAUUCUAAAAUUUUUAAACACCUGCUUACCGCAAAUAAACCAUGAACACUAAAAAAAUCAUUUUCAUAUAUAUAUAUUUUUUUUUUUUUCCCUUUUUUUCUCUGGUGUAGGAAAUCAAAGCUUCAAAGUCUAACUCCUAAGUCGUUUUGCAGAAAGAAGCAAUGUAACAAUAGAAAGAGAGGGCUAUACUGCAAUUAUUUCUUGGCUUCUACUUGCAAUGGUUAAGUAAUCCCAAAUAUAGCUAUCAGAACCUAAAGAAAAGAUUAUGAGAACUGGAGGGCCAUGUACAAAAAGCAGAAAAUUUGCUGGGGAAAUGGCACAGUAUUAUUACCAUCGAAUCAAUGUCUGCAUUGUGUAAUGGCAGCCACAUGCCCUGAAAUACCGGGAAGAAGAUCAUUCACAAUCUUCCACUUUUGAAAUUUCGUCUCUCCAAUUUAACUCUUUGACAACAGCAGACAGGUUUUGCCAGUUCAAGGUUCACUCCAUAUCUGUGAUUACAGGAAUUGUAUGUGGAAAUGGAUUAACAUACCUGUCUAUGCCUAAAAGAAAAUAAAACUGAAAUAUGUCUUCA